AACAAUAGGAUGCAGGUGUAGGUAGUUCUGGUGAAACUCGCGAAAACAUUGUUCUGACGGAUGCUGAAAAAAACAACAUAAAACGCCCAAACUCUACCCACUACGCUCACUUGAUGCAUACAGCAAACUAGCCGUUAGUAAUUAUUGCAUACACAAAACUAGCUGUUAGCACUCAACUACCUCAAAGUGUUUAAGUUUAAGAUGGCUUUCAUUGCCUCAUGUGUUGGAUUUGCGGUGCUCCUGGCUCUAUCGUUAGCCAGCACGACACAACCCACGACAUCAGAGGAAGACAAAAUCUACGAACUUUACGCCGAGUUGUUUAAAACGGAAGACGAAAUUCAAAGCAGGGUUAAUGAGAGCUUUCAGAUUUGGCCGCCAUUGUAUGACGUAAUGAGACCUACAGUCGAGGAACACGGGUGUUGCAUGUCGUCAGUAAAUUACACGGUGUUUGAUGAGCUACUGGACGAGAAGAACGAACUGGUCACCUUGGUGGGACUGAAGGACAGGAAACAGUGGUUCGUCCAUCAGAUAUGCAGCCAAUCGGAUAAUUGCACCUGCACGUGCACAUGCGCAACGGUGACGCAGACGACCGCGGCUCUCGUCUGCCAGAAAGGCCACAACUGCACCGAACCAACUCUGGCAUCUGUUUCCCUCCAGAUCGUCAAAUUCCCUGGUUUCUGCCAAUGCUUUAACAAUGUGUGAUUCUUUUUAAAAAAAUUUAAAAAAUUAAAAAGGAAUUGUGAAAUAGAAUCGAAUCAAAACAUUUGUAAAUAAAAUAAAA